CUUCGUCUCUUCUUUAUCUUCCCCAACGCGAAACCCUAACUUCUCUGCAGAUUUUGCCCAAUCUCAGAGGAUUUCUUCAGCUCCAAGAUUCGUUUGAGAAAUGUCAUCUGUUUCAAGCCAGCCACAGUUUCGUUACACGCAACCUCCUUCAAAGGUUCUUCAUUUGAGAAACUUGCCAUGGGAAUGCACUGAAGAAGAGUUAAUUGAACUCGGCAAGCCUUUUGGUACUGUUGUUAAUACAAAGUGCAAUGUUGGAGCUAAUCGAAAUCAAGCUUUCAUUGAGUUUGAAGAUUUAAAUCAAGCUAUACAAAUGAUUUCUUACUAUGCUUCUUCGUCGGAGCCUGCUCAAGUUCGAGGUAAAACUGUCUACCUCCAGUACUCCAACAGGCAAGAGAUAGUGAAUAACAAGACGACAGCGGAUGUUGUGGGGAAUGUUCUUCUGGUGACUGUCGAAGGCGAGGAUGCUCGUAUGGUCAGCAUUGAUGUCUUGCAUCUGGUAUUCUCGGCAUUUGGGUUUGUCCACAAGAUUACUACUUUCGAGAAGACAGCCGGAUAUCAGGCACUGGUUCAAUUUUCUGAUGAGGAAACUGCAACGUCUGCAAAAAAUGCCCUCGAUGGAAGAAGCAUCCCUAGGUAUCUACUUGCUGAGCAAGUGGGACAAUGCUCACUUAAAAUCACAUAUUCAGCUCAUACAGAUCUGACUGUCAAAUUUCAGAGUCAUCGGAGCAGGGACUAUACUAAUCCUUACCUUCCAAUUGCUCCAUCAGCCAUUGACAGUACUGGUCAGGUGGCUGUGGGUGUAGACGGGAAGAAGAUGGAGCCUGAGAGUAAUGUUCUUCUCGCAUCCAUUGAAAACAUGCAGUAUGCAGUAACCUUGGAUGUUCUACACAUGGUUUUUGCGGCUUUUGGGGAUGUUCAAAAAAUUGCAAUGUUUGACAAGAAUGGUGGGCUACAGGCACUGAUCCAAUACAAAGAUGUUCAAACGGCUGUUGUGGCGAAGGAAGCAUUGGAAGGACAUUGUAUCUAUGAUGGUGGUUUUUGUAAGCUCCACAUUACUUAUUCACGCCACACUGACCUCAGCAUAAAGGUGAACAACGAUAGAAGCAGAGACUACACAAUGCCCAACCCACCGGUUCCAAUGCCUCAACAACCCGGUCAGAAUCCAUACACCGGCAAUCCACAGCAAUACCACGCAGCAGGUGGGAGCCACCAGCAGCAGCAGCAGCCACCACAAGGUGGAUGGGUCCAACCAGGAGGGCAAGGCUCAAUGGGAAUGGGUGGUGGUGGUCACAAUCCUUACAUGGCACCACCAUCUUCAAGCUCAAUGCAUUAUGGUCCGGGUGGUCAUAUGCCUCCACAGCAUUAUGGUGGUCCUGUUCUUCACAACUCUCGAUUUCGUCCCCUUCCUUGCUCAUUGCGCCAAGACAAUGUCGCUUCCGAUUCCGAUUUCCUUCCCAAAGACUCCGCUUUUGUUACCAACGGUGAGAUUACGGAUUCAGCUGAGAGUAAUAGAUUGGUUUCUGAUACGGAGGUUUCGGAAUUAGAGACGAAUGAUAGAUUUGUGGGUGGUGAGGGUACGAAUGAAGCAGCGGAGGUUAGUAAUGGAGUAACGGAAGGCAAGGAGGAAGAUCAGAAGAAAAGCAAGUUUCGGAUUGUGGUGUUGAUGAUGGCACUAUGGGCGGCUAUAAAGAGAGCUAUCGAGAAAGUCAUGGAGUGGGAAUGGUUAAGCUGGUGGCCUUUCUCUCGCCAGGAGAAGCGGCUCGAGAAACUUAUUGCUGAGGCUGAUGCUAAUCCAAAGGACGCAGCUUUGCAGGGUGCUUUAUUGGCUGAGCUCAACAAGCAUAUUCCUGAGGCUGUAGUUCAACGGUUUGAACAAAGGGAACACGCUGUGGAUAGUAGAGGAGUUGCUGAAUAUAUUCGAGCUCUUGUCAUUACAAAUGCUAUUUCAGAGUAUCUUCCUGAUGAACAAACGGGGAAGCCAUCUAGUCUUCCCGCACUGCUGCAAGAGCUGAAGCAUCGUGCAUCAGGCAAUAUGGACGAAUCAUUUGUAAACCCCGGUAUAUCUGAAAAGCAACCAUUGCAUGUUACCAUGGUUAAUCCUAAAGUUUCAAACAAAUCAAGAUUUGCGCAAGAGCUUGUCUCUACGAUCUUGUUCACGGUUGCGGUGGGAUUAGUGUGGUUAAUGGGUGCAGCUGCUCUGCAAAAGUAUAUUGGAAGUCUUGGAGGAAUUGGAACUUCGGGUGUUGGUUCAAGCUCUUCAUAUUCCCCAAAAGAACUGAACAAAGAAAUAACGCCAGAAAAGAAUGUCAAAACAUUCAAGGACGUUAAGGGUUGUGAUGAUGCAAAACAAGAGCUUGAGGAGGUAGUUGAAUAUCUUAAAAAUCCAUCAAAGUUUACUCGCCUUGGAGGAAAGUUGCCAAAGGGAAUUCUUCUAACCGGGGCACCUGGUACUGGAAAGACAUUGCUGGCCAAAGCAAUUGCUGGAGAAGCUGGAGUACCCUUCUUCUAUAGAGCUGGAUCUGAAUUUGAAGAGAUGUUUGUUGGAGUAGGUGCUCGCCGUGUGAGAUCCUUGUUUCAGGCAGCGAAGAAAAAGGCACCUUGUAUCAUUUUCAUUGACGAAAUUGAUGCUGUUGGAUCCACAAGAAAACAAUGGGAAGGGCAUACAAAGAAGACACUUCAUCAACUACUUGUUGAAAUGGAUGGUUUUGAGCAGAAUGAGGGAAUUAUAGUUAUGGCUGCAACAAACUUGCCUGAUAUACUUGAUCCAGCCCUGACAAGACCGGGUAGAUUUGAUAGACAUAUUGUCGUUCCCAGUCCGGAUGUCCGUGGACGCCAAGAGAUUUUGGAACUCUACCUCCAAGGCAAACCUAUGUCAGAAGAUGUGGAUGUUAAAGCAAUUGCUCGUGGAACUCCUGGAUUCAAUGGUGCUGAUCUUGCAAACCUGGUAAAUAUUGCUGCCAUAAAAGCAGCUGUUGAAGGGGCUGAGAAGUUAUCUUCUGAACAGUUGGAAUUCGCAAAGGACCGAAUAGUCAUGGGCACAGAGAGGAAGACGAUGUUCGUAUCAGAGGACUCAAAAAAGCUUACUGCAUACCAUGAGAGUGGUCAUGCUAUUGUCGCUUUGAACACGAGAGGUGCGCACCCGAUCCACAAAGCGACUAUAAUGCCACGUGGAUCUGCAUUGGGAAUGGUUACACAGUUACCUUCAAACGAUGAAACAUCAGUGAGCAAGAGGCAGUUAUUAGCUCGUCUUGAUGUAUGUAUGGGAGGAAGAGUUGCAGAGGAGCUCAUCUUUGGCUUGGACCAUAUCACCACUGGAGCAAGUAGUGAUCUGUCACAGGCCACUGAACUUGCUCAAUACAUGGUAUCGAGUUGUGGGAUGAGUGAGGCAAUAGGACCAGUUCAUAUAAAAGAAAGACCAAGCUCUGAUAUGCAAUCACGCAUUGAUGCAGAGGUUGUGAAGCUUCUUCGAGAGGCAUAUGAGCGAGUGAAAUCUCUCUUGAAACGGCAUGAGAAGCAGCUACACACUUUAGCAAACGCACUUCUAGAGUAUGAAACUCUAACCGCAGAGGACAUAAAGCGUAUUCUCCUUCCAAAGCAAGAAGGUGAGAAGUUUGAAGAGCAACAACAAGAAGGAGACUUGGUAUUGGCCUAGUCACAUCAUUCAUUACCAUAAACACACCUGUUUGGGUGAAAAAGGGAGGUUCAAAGCUUUGUACAGAGUAAAUCUCCCAUAGCUUC